AUGUCUUUAAACGGCAGCUUUCUGUCUGAAGAGCAGUUCAUGUGCUCCAUAUGUCUGGAUGUGUUCACAAAUCCUUCCUCCACGCCGUGUGGCCACAGUUUCUGCAUGACCUGCAUCAGCAGAUACUGGGAUGGAUCCCAGGUUUACCAGUGUCCUCUGUGUAAGAAGACCUUUCAGAAGCGACCAGACCUCCAGAUUAACAGGACGCUACGAGAGAUUACUGAUCAGUUCAAAUCAAUGAACGGUGGAUUUGUGGUAGGGAAGAAUAAGAAAGGAGGAAAAGGUGGAAGGGGAGCCAGAUCUGGCCACUUAAUGGAAGAAUUAAAAAGGAUGUUUCCAAAACCUCUGACAAAGGAAAAUGUGAAUCAGACCAUUGAGGAAGACUCUCAAGGUGAUUCCAUCUUUACUUUGCUUCCACCGGUCACAGCCCUUCUGGCUUCAUCAGUACCAGACACCACAGUGGCUGGAAGUCCAAGCAACGCCUUUGCCCAUCCUCCAUUCGUACAUCCAAGACACUGUUCCAAUGGUCUCAGAAGGUUCACUCUGAGUGGUGCCGCUACCAGCCAGCAUGUCCCUUUGUGUGAAACCCAUCUAAGGGGACUAAUGCUUUAUUGUAGGUCCGACCAAAUGUGCAUCUGUCCAGAAUGUGAGGUCGAGGAUCACAACGAUCACGACACGGUGUCUGUUGAGACCGAAUGGAUGGAAACUAAGCCACGGCUCAGGAUUUCAGAGGAAGAGAUCCAAGAGAUGAUCGGAGAGAGAACAAGAAAGAUUGAAGAGAUCAAGACGUCAGUGACUGAAGUGGAGAUGGCGGUGGAGAGGGAGACGUCGGGCAGCGUGCGUCUCUUUUCGAAGCUGGUUUCUGCUAUCGAACGCUCGCAGGCAGAGCUGAUGGAGGCGGUGGAGAUCAGCCGAAGGGCGGCGCACAACCACGCCGACGCCGUGAUUCGGCAGCUGGAGCAAGAGAUCGAAGAGCUUAGGCAGAGAGAAACUGCUCUGGCUGAGCUCGCCCAGUCAGACGACCACAUCUACUGCGUCCAGACGUUCCCUGACCUCUCCAGACCUCCCGUUACAAAAGACUGGUCUGGAGUGUCUCUGAACCCUGAUCUGGGAACAGCCACAAUCUACAGAUCUUUGUCGGCCAUGCUGGAAAAGUUCCAGGAUGAACUGAAGAGCGUUGUGGAAAACGGAUUUCCUGCCACAGUGCUGGAUACCUCUCCAGUACGAAUACAACCGAGGGCAAAGAAAAUCCAAGCCUAUGCACUGAACGUCUCGUUGGACACCAACACCGCCCAUCCCAGGCUGGUUUUGUCCGAAGACCUGAAAACUGUUUGGUGUGCAGAUCGACACCACCACGUACCGGACUCACCGGAGAGGUUUGACAGAGUUGUGUGCGUUCUGGGCAGGGAGGCCAUCUCUUCGGGGAAACAUUACUGGGAGGUCGAGGUGAACGGGAAGACCGACUGGGAUCUGGGUGUCGCCAGGCAGUCGGUCAACAGGAAAGGGAAGAUCGAUUACACUCCGAACAACGGGUUUUGGUUCCUCAGUUUAAGAGACAAGAAUAAAUACGCCUUUCGAACCGAGCCUUACACAGACGUCGAGUUGAACCUCCGACCUCAUAAGAUUGGAAUAUUUGUGGACUACGAGAAAGGAGAGGUAUCUUUUUACAACGUUGAUUCCAAAGUCCACAUCUACUCUUUCCACGAUGUUUUCACUGAGAACAUCUACCCCUUCUUCAGUCCGUGCACUAAUAAAUCUGGAAAGAACGACAUGCCUCUGAUUAUCACGCCAGUAUACAUGACACAUUAG